GGUCUGCGCCGGUCGCUUGGCCCGGGACUUAUUUCGCGCUUGUCUGCUUAGCGCGCAACUAUGGCGCGGAAGUCGAAUUUGUUUGUGUUUCUCGUGCCGCUCCUGCUCGGCCCGACCCUAGUGCGCGGCUUCAACACUCUGCCCCUGGUCCUCAACACUUGGCCUUUUAAGAGUGCAACCGAAGCAGCAUGGCUGGUGUUAGAAUCUGGUGGUUCUGCCCUCGAUGCCAUUGAGAAUGGCUGUGCUAUGUGUGAGAAAGAGCAGUGUGAUGGCUCCGUAGGCUUUGGAGGAAGUCCUGAUGAACUUGGGGAAACCACGCUGGAUGCCAUGAUCAUGGAUGGCACUACCAUGAAUGUAGGAGCAGUAGGAGAUCUUAGACGAAUUAAAAAUGCUAUUGGUGUGGCACGGAAAGUACUAGAACAUACAACACACACACUUUUGGCAGGAGAGUCAGCCACCAAGUUUGCUGAAAGUAUGGGGUUUACCAAUGAGGAUUUAUCUACCAAUGCUUCUCAAGCUCUUCAUUCGGAUUGGCUUGCUCAGAAUUGCCAGCCAAAUAAUUGGAGAAAUGUAAUACCAGAUGCUUCAAAAUACUGUGGACCCUACAAACCACCUGGUAUCUUAAAUAAGGAUGAUCCUACCUAUAAAAAAGCAGAAGAUGAUUAUGGUCAUGAUACUAUUGGUAUGGUUGUAAUCCAUAAAACUGGACGUACAGCUGCUGGUACAUCUACAAAUGGUAUAAAAUUCAAAAUACCUGGUCGCAUAGGAGACUCACCAAUACCUGGAGCUGGGGCAUAUGCUGAUGAUACUGCAGGGGCAGCUGCAGCCACUGGGAAUGGUGAUAUAUUGAUGCGUUUUCUGCCAAGCUACCAAGCUGUAGAAUAUAUGAGUAGAGGAGAAGAUCCAACUAUAGCUUGCCAAAAAGUGAUUUCAAGAAUUCAGAAGUAUUUUCCAAAAUUUUUUGGGGCUGUUAUAUGUGCCAAUGUAACUGGAAGUUAUGGUGCUGCUUGCAAUAAACUUCCAACAUUUACUCAGUUUAGUUUCAUGGUUUAUAAUUCUCUAAAAAAUGAACCAACUGAGGAAAAAGUUGACUGCAUCUAAUCCAUCUUCUCUGUCACUAUCUGUAUUUAAAGAAGAAAAAAACAAAAGCAAAAGGUUAUGAUCAUCAUGUAGUGGUUGUCUGCAUUGUAAGGUUUUUGUAUAAAGUAAACACAAAAAUAAAUUUAUGCUGAAAUGGCACUUUCUACAUCUGAAAUUUUUGUAUUUUCUAUUUUUAUUUAAGCUUUGUACACGCUGAAAAUUAAUAUCCAUAUGUGUAUGUGUUGUAUAGACUUAAAUGUAAAUGAUAUUUGAAUUUCUAAUUGAUGUUGCAAGAAAUUACUACUUCGGGAAUAUAUUUUCACAGUAAUAUACUAAAUCCAAGUCAGCUAUAUUUGAGUACUUAAAAUCAUUAAAGUAUACAAGCCUUUUAGGUCUUCCUCAAAGGAAGAGUUACACUAAGACUUGGCAGAUUAGUCCUGGUUAAAUUUCAGUUUGUUAUGUUCAGUAUGACAUACCUCUGACCACUGAUUAUUAGUUUUACCUAGUGUUCCUAAUAGCUUGAAGCAGGAAGAAUGCUAUUAAUAUAGAUGCUUUUUAUUUUGCACAUGUUAGAAAAUAUGGGCAAUCUUCUGGUAAGCAAUUAUAUUGAUUUUGUUUGGAUUACUCUCUAAUGGAGCUCUGAAUGUAGGAAAGUUUUGCGCCACAAAAAUCUCUGGUCUUUAAGCUACUGAUAUUCAGUAUUGGUCAUGUCUUUUACAAAUCAUUGGGGGCAUUUGAUUUGUACUGUAAUUUUACUAAUGUCUUUUGCAGAGGUGGGGAUUACAAUUAGAAAUAAGUCAA